ACUUAAAUAAUCAAAAGGAAGUGUGGAAGCUUUAAUGACGUAGUGAAGGGGGAAGGGCUGUGAGACGCCAUUAUAAAUGACAGAGGAAAUGACCUUAUAUUAUUCCUCCACUACAUAGUGCAUAAGUACAUAGUGUAUCGUGUGUCAUUUGGGACGCAGCUAUGCCGACUUGCUGAUUCGGACUCCUUGAAUCGAGUGUUUAAAGCGAAACGUUCGAAAGAACCGAUUCGCGCGAACGAGUCGGGCUUCCCAGCACGCACGCGCUUGCGGAUUGAGCUGCUCUUCCCGCUUCGAGCUCGAGCUGCUUCGAGCGCCGUUUGGCGGAUGAUGACAGUUUGUUUUCACAGAGGGCCUGUCUGAGGAGAAGAACGAACAUUUACGCCCUCAGCUACGGGAACCGAAUUGCUGUUCGUCAAGAUGAGACCGCUUAUUCCCAAAUGUACGCGUUUGGUGAGAAGCGUGAGCCAAAGGAUGUGAAUCCCGGCGACCCGUCUGUGCACAACAGCUGUAGCCGAGCCGAGGGGAAAGAGUGCAGUUUGAACAAGCAUGAGGCUACUGGCCUCCUCGCCACACCAACUACAACAAACACGCGUCGUCCCGGUGGAGUUUUAACCCCUGCAGGAAUACAGACUGCUCAGUCCACCGAGGCUGGUGAAGAAACACAGGUAUGUAUGAGCACACGCAGAUAUAACCGCCCCUCCCUUUGGUUCGACGCCCUUGAAUAGCGAACAAAAUACUAGAGUGAGAGAAAGCGAGCGAGAGACUGAGGGUCCCAUGUGCCAUUGGGCAGCGGGGCUUUCGCCAUGAGCAGUACUCUGGGCAAAGAUAAAGACUCUAAGGAGAGGGAACCCAAAGCCGAAGGGAAAUCCAAAACCAAAGGGAAAGAUGCCAAAGACGGGAAGAAAGACACGAGUGGCGCUUCGCCCGCGGUGGCCUUCACCUUGGACAGCACGAUAAAGCGACCCAACCCGCCGCCUAGUACGCGCAAAAAAUCCAGCAACGCGGAAGUCAGCAAGGAACUGAACAAGUGCCGUGAGGAGAACUCGAUGCGCCUGGACCUGUCCAAGAGAUCCAUCCAUCUGUUGCCCUCUUCCAUCAAGGAGCUGACCCAGCUGACCGAGCUCUACCUGUACAGCAACAAGCUGCAAAGCCUGCCGGCUGAGGUGGGAUGCCUGUCAGGACUGGUGACGCUGGCGCUCAGCGAGAACUCUCUCACCAGCCUGCCAGACUCGCUGGACAACCUGAAGAAGCUGCGUAUGCUCGACCUGCGGCACAACAAGCUUCGGGAGAUCCCAGCCGUGGUCUACCGCGUCAUCUCCCUCACCACGCUCUACCUGCGCUUUAAUCGGAUCACCACCGUGGAGAAGGACAUCAAGAAUCUGUCCAAACUCACCAUGCUCAGCAUCCGAGAGAACAAGAUUAAACAGCUGCCCGCAGAGAUCGGUGAGCUCUGUAAUUUGAUUACGCUGGAUGUAGCCCACAACCAGCUGGAGCACCUUCCUAAAGAGAUCGGCAAUUGCACUCAGAUCACCAACCUUGACCUGCAGCACAACGAACUUCUCGACCUCCCUGAGACUAUAGGUAACUUGUCGAGUAUAAACCGUCUGGGUCUGAGGUACAACCGUCUAUCAGCGAUCCCUCGAUCUUUAUCGAAGUGCCGAGAGCUGGAGGAAAUCAACCUUGAAAACAACAAUAUCUCAGUGUUACCAGAGGGUCUUCUCUCCAGUCUGGUGAACCUGACGAGUCUGACGCUGGCGCGAAACUGCUUCCAGUCUUACCCAGCGGGCGGCCCAUCCCAGUUCUCCACCAUCUACUCACUCAACAUGGAGCACAACCGUAUCAACAAGAUCCCUUUUGGCAUCUUCUCCCGAGCCAAAGUGCUCAGCAAACUCAAUAUGAAGGACAACCAGUUAACGUCUCUUCCGCUGGAUUUUGGGACGUGGACCAGUAUGGUAGAGCUGAACCUGGCAACAAACCAGCUUACCAAGAUUCCCGAGGAUAUCUGUGGACUUGUGUCUUUAGAGGUCCUCAUAUUGUCUAACAAUCUUUUGAAGAAGUUGCCUCAUGGGAUAGGAAACUUACGGAAACUGCGGGAGCUUGACCUGGAGGAGAACAAACUGGAGUCCCUCCCCAAUGAGAUUGCCUACCUUAAAGAUCUUCAGAAACUUGUGUUGACCAAUAAUCAGCUGACCACUUUGCCGAGAGGAAUUGGUCACCUGACCAACCUGACGUACCUGGGCUUGGGAGAGAACCUGCUGCAGCACCUACCUGAGGAGAUCGGUACACUGGAGAACCUGGAGGACCUGUACCUGAACGACAACCCUAACCUGCACAGUCUGCCGUUCGAGCUGGCGCUCUGCAGUAAGCUGUCCAUCAUGAGCAUAGAGAACUGUCCCCUCAGCCACCUCCCGCCGCAGAUCGUCGCCGGAGGCCCGUCCUUUAUCAUCCAGUUCCUCAAGAUGCAGGGUCCCUACCGCGCCAUGGUCUGAGGCGACUCACACACUGUACAAAGAGGAAACCGAUUCGCCACACGACGUUACCUUCGACGUCAUUAUAUCUCGGACAAGAAACUGCUUAACUGUGUUCCAGUCGAUGGAGGAAUCACAGCCAGUUAGGUCCCCUUUACCCCCGUAGUAAACAAUGUCUAGACUUCAGUUGCCAAAAUUAAUGUACAUUAGUGAUUCUGAAGAGGCGCUCUUAAAAUGUUUCAAUCAUUUUGCCAAUUUAUUGAAAGUUAUUAUAGGGGUUUUGAUGCCAGGAAACAGUUGUAUGCAAAAACAAAACAUUUUUACAAGUUCAUUUUUGCUGCUGCUGCCGCCAUACUGUAUGUGAAGUUUUUUUUUCUUUUUUUUUUUUUUUUUUUUUGUUUAGCCAGAGAUUUUUUUUUUUUCUUAUCAUCCCACAACCAAAAGAAUUUUAUUGUACAGAGGACCUGUUUGGAAGCAGUGAACAAAUUUUUGUUAUUUUUUAUUGUUAUUAUUAAUUGUUAUUCUAGAAUUGUGCCUAUCCAGUGCAGUUGGGUGGUUUUUGUCUGAACAUUAUUAUCCAAGAGGUUUUUAAUACAAAAAGGCUGAAUUUACAAAAUUAUAAUUUAUUCUGUAAUUCCUUUUCAUUGUUAUUGAUUAUUUUAUCGCUCCCUUUUUUAAAUAUUUCAUUCAUCUUCGCUAUCGGGACGUGUUGCUGCGCUCAACAUUUUAAAAUGAAUCUGCAAUCUUUUUUUUCUCCGAAAUAGUGAAGCAACAAAUGAAUCAAAAAUCGUUUUUGACAACGAUCACACCAUGGGUUUAGCAAGCUAGCGUGUCAUUCAGAGGUGCGGGUCUGGUUUCGGGGGUCUUGUGAUUGUUUACUUGUUUGCCAUAUCCACAGUGUUGCGCUCUGCUUGUGUCUAUUGGUGAGAGUCGCAUCUACAUAUCAGGUGCUGAACAGUGCUAACAAUUAAAGGCCCACGUUUACUGUGAGGAAUGCCAAACACCCAUUCAACAUCACUUCCGUCCCUUUUUCCGUCUGUGUCAUCGGACUGGUUUUAAACCGCAUGAUUUCUGGUUUUAAAUUCACAGAAUAUUAAACAAUGGUUACAGUUUUUUUUUUUUUUUUUUCACCAUUUGUCCCACAUACCUUCCCUCUUAUGCUGCUGCUUUUAAUGCACUUUGUAUUGAUAUUUGGCAUCCUCCUCAAGUAAAAGGGUCGCGAUAUUUCAUGUUACCGAUUAAACAUAUGGAAGGGGGCAUUUAUUAUUAUUAUUAUUAUUUCUAAAGUAUUUUAUCUUUUAUUUUAAUUCUCUAUCAUGUAUAUUUUAUAACAGUGAAUGAAAAAUUUGCCUCAGCAAAUUCGAACGAUAACAUUCUAUUAAGAACCUUUUUUUUUCAAGGCUUUGACGCCAUUUCUCUUUAUUAAAUGUUUUGAUUUAAACUUCUGUCUGACUAGUUUGUGUUUCUAUAUGUUUAAAAAUUCAUAUCAGUUUCAAAUGGUGCAGAUCAUCAAGUAUUGCAAUUAAAAACCCAAAUGUUUCCAUUAUACGAAUUGCGAACUUUUUUUAUUUCACCUUUUUUAAGAAUGGAGCUGUUUCGCGCAAGAUGGAAUUUCUUUUGGUUUAGUAUUAUAUCGAGUGACUGUAAAUUCCCACCUCCACUUUAGUUUAUCAAGCCAAAUGUAUUUUGUAUGUGUUGUGUCCACACUGUUUCUUUUCUUUUUUCUUUUUUCUUACAUUUCCUCUCGCUUUGAUUCGUAAGGACAUUGUGUACAUCGGCAGCAGUGUAAAGGCUUUGGAGAGGCACUUCGCAUUCGUGGGGCCAUGAAAAGGACAUAAAUCGCUGCUUUUUUUUAUCAACCAGCAGAACCUGUUGCUGCUUAUGGACCUCCUAGAAACGUAAUGCUGUAAAAGAACCGGCCCGCGUGAGUCGAUACGGACUGGCUUCUCGGGCCGGUUCUACCAGCAUAGACGUUCUGCUACAGAUGAAAUUCCUCUGGACCUGCUCGGUGCAUAUGUUGCGCCUGACGCAGACACUGAAUAAAAAAAAAACAAAAAAAAAUACAAACUCUGUAAAAAGGGCUUUCUCUGUUCAUGCUUAACUAUACACCAGAGGCAUUGCAUUCCUGGUUUUGUAUAAAAGCUUAGAACUGUACAUUUGAUUUUUCUUUUGUGUGUGUGUGUGUGUGUGUGUGUGUGUGUGUGUGAGGGAAUAGUUAGAUGUUAACAAAAUGGAAUUAUUAUGUGACAAUAAAUGCCUUUGAGUACUUCAAGUGAGAUGUGCAUUAGGGAUGCGGCUUUGUGACGUGUCCCAUUUAAGUUUAUUAUUUUAUUUUAUUUUUUCAGCAUUUAUGUGCCAUUUAUGCAGGGGAGUGGGGCUGGUUUUUACAUAGGUUAACAGUAUGAUAGGUUUUGGAUGAAAAUCCAUCACAAAUCAGGAAUGUAUACACAAAAAGACAAUAAAACAUUAUAGUUGUA